UUGAUGAUCAGUGUAGCCCCAGCAGUGCCACCUGUCAGUGUCCAUCAAUGUGGGCUGUCAGUGCUCAUCCAUGCCACCUGCCAGUGCCCAUCAGUGCCACAUAUCAGUGCCUACCAGUGCACAUCAACCAUGCCACAUAUCAGUGCCCAUCUGAGCUGCCUUUCAGUGCCACCUAUCAGUGCCAGUCAGUGCUACCUAUCAAUGCUAGUCAGUGCCACCUACCAGUGCUGCCAGUCAGUGCCGCCUAUCAGUGCCAUCAGUGCCACCUAUCCAGUGCCCAUCAGUGCUGCCUAUCAGUGAUGACUAACAGUGCCAGUCAAUGCCAACUAACAGUGCCAGUCAGUGCCGCCUAUCAGUGCCACCUAUCAGUACCACCUAUCAGUGCCAUAUAUGAGUGCUGCCUUUCAGUUAUGCCUGUCAAUGCCCACCAGUGCCACCUACCAGUGCCACCUAUCAGU